AUGGAUAAUUGGAAAUUAUACACAAAUAAUCGUUAUUACAAAACCAAUAAAGCUGAUGACGAAGAGAAUGUCACGCUUAUUAAUAACGUCAACAAAGACGGGAGCGACACCGACAGUUUUAUGAGUGAUUUAAGUGUGAAUGAAACACAAGAAAAAUUUACUCAACUUAAAAUCACCAGAGAUGAAGAAAACAACUAUAAUAAUCAAUUAACGGAUUUUGUAGAAAAUAAUCAUACUGUAGAAAAGUUGUCGCAAACACCAAUAAUCGAACAACCUCAAAAAUCUUACAAUUACAUUCACAACCAAUACACCCAGCAAGAUUUUCGUCAAACAGGACUAGAUAAAAGAAACGCAUUCGGAAAUUUUGUAGAGCUAUAUCGCCAUUUCUAUACGGAUGACCGUUUCGUGCGAGAUCUUUCAGUAUUUGUGUAUCUCGAACAACUCGUCAUCUAUCUGGAGCGUAAUAUUCACACGUUGGCAUCCGAAGUGACAAUGUUUCUUCCAUCGAUUAUCGAAUUAGUUGCAAGGUAUGUCCCCGAAUUCGAAAUUGUGUUUGUAGAACAUUACAAAUUUAAUGGCCACGGGUUUUAUGGGAUUAUUAAUGUGGCGGAGUUGUUGGUGGAUUUGGAUGCUGGUGAUAUACAAUCAACAACAUCUUCGACUACAAACAAGUACAGCGAUAUUAUUAAUGAUAGUCGAGUAAAAGCGAAUCAUGAUGAACCACCAGAAUAUGACAUGAGCAUCAUCGUUGAGUGUAACACAGAUGUAAAUGAUGUUUCGGAUAUCGAAAGUAUCACCACUGAAGGAGGAGAAUGGCAUUGCGUUUAA